AGACGAUACAAGUAUUGACAGUUCACCGUGCAACAGCAGAGAUACACAAAAUGGAUCAUAGCGAAGUUGAUUCUUCACAAUUUGAUGCUAAGGCUGCAAAUACGAGUUCCAUUAAUAAUGCUAACCCUGAAGGUAGUGGUGUUCUUCCAAAAAAGCAGCCUAAAUUCGAUCCUGCUGCUUUGUACUAUGACAUGUCUGGAGACAAAUUCUUAGUUAUUUUCAACCACUUCGAGUUCCAGAAGACGCGAUAUUUCAAUAACAAACGUCCAACAACCAGAAAAGGGACACAUCAAGAUGAGACAGCAUUGAAAGACACAUUUACAAAACUCGGCUUUAAAAUAUUUAUAUAUCGAGAAUACGAGUAUACACAAAUAAUAGACGCAAUGAAAGCAAUUGCAAAUCUCGACCAUACUAAGACGUCGUGUUUAGUGGUAGUCAUUCUAACGCACGGUGAUACAGAAGGUGUGGUUUAUGCUGCUGACAGAGGUUACCUUCUCAAAGAUGUUACCAGUAUUCUGGAGGCCGGCCACAUAGGCCUCGUGAACAAACCCAAGCUAUUUUUUAUUCAGGCUUGCAGAGGCGGUAAAGUUGAUGAGGGUAGGACGGUGAGACAUGACGGGGAGGAAAACCAGUUGCUCGUUGUGCCUUCUCACGCAGAUUUUUUAAUAAUGCAUUCAUCAGUAGAUGAUCACUUAUCUUGGCGAGACAUUGGUGGAUCUUGGAUGAUUCAGGAACUAUGCGAAAUUAUAGAUGCACAUCACCAUAAUAUGGACCUUUUACAUCUGAUCACUCUCACGAAUAGAAAUGUGGCUUACACGCGUGCUUCGAAUACACCAUCUAAUUUGAGGACGCAUAACAUGAAACAAAUCCCCGAGACACGUUUUACGCUGACAAAAUUAGUAAAAUUUUAAAACGUUCUGACAAACCAAGACCAAUGCUUAAGUUUUAUAAAUAUACAUACUAUUAUGACGUGUUUUUCAGUUUUUAUUUUCUAUUAAAAUAUGCAAUCGACUCGUACUUGUUGUUUAAUCAGCAUUAUUUUGGCCAUAAAUACCCGUGGGGACGUUUCCGUUCAUUAUUACUAUUAAGUUUUUAUUGAAUACCCUACAAUCUUAAUCAUAAUUAAUAAUUGUUUAGUAAUGGCGAUUUAAUGUUGUUAUAAAAGGUAUGGUGCAAGAUGAAAAAAAGCAAAUGAACUGACUGAGCAUUAAUGAAAGAUAGCUGACGUAAGCAGAGCGAACAAUUUCAAAAGCAUUGGAUUUGUUGGCCUAACUAAAGAAACAAUCACAGACCUAAGUGAUAAUAGUGUGUACAAUACUUCUAAAGUUUGCUUUAAUAGAAAUCAUCAGCCACACAUGAGGUAAAGUUGAUUAAACAUUGUCGGAAAGUUAUUUAAAAGCAAAUUCUGAAGCAUAGCGUGUUGCCACGAUCUUGGGCUUAGAUAACCUAGCGUCUAGUCUGGUAUCGCGAGCCAAUUCAAUUUGUUUGCACAACGUUUGUCUAUCAGUUGGUUAAAUUGACUGAUGAAACCUCCUCUCUUUGUCUUUGGUAAUUUGUAGCGUUUAAAAUGGAGGUUGAAAUGGUAUUUUUGGAGAGGAGGACGGGUGAAUUGUACCCGCCGACUUAUAACGACCAAAUGAAUGUAUGCUCUUUUCAAGACUAUUACUUGUUACUAUUGAGGCCAAUUCGCUUUAGAAUAAUAUUAUUUUUGGCUAAGAUAGCAUUCGCUGUGAAGUUUUAUUCGCCAGUUUUUCUCCACAGCUAAAAACGGUCCUUAACUGGUGGUAGGGAAAAAAUAUGGUCUAUAGGCUAUGGUGCCGCAUAUCAUUAGGUGGAGUUUUUGCCACCCUAUUCAUUAAAAAAAAAUAUAUAGUCAAGAGUAGUGCUAUUUGACCACAAACAGGAUGGUUAUUGCUCGGUGGGUCCCAUACAUUUCUGUCCGUUUCUCUCUUUUUUCUUGUCUUCUUUCUUUUUUCAAUUGCGAUGAAUUUUACGCCUACAUCCGAAAAAUAUUAAAGAAACAUCUAAAAUAAACCUAAAACUAACGGGGCGAUAACAUGUAUUUUCGAUUAUCGUAUACACGAUUCUGGCAUGAUUGUUUAACCUAAAAUAAAAUUUGGUAAAAGUGUAUCCUUGUUAUCAACACAAUAAAAAAGAGAGACUAUUGCCAAAUCAAAAUUUAAAUUUAGAAAAUACAGCUCGCCAAUCAAACCCAGUAAUGAAGAGAGAAGUGAAUUAAC